AUGGAAUUGGUAGAAGGAAUUGCAAUGAACACAAGAAUGGCCAAACUAAGCCUCUUGUUUGAACCCUUUUUCAUAUUCUUCUUCUUCCUCUUCAUCUCCCCUUCUCUUUGUUGCCCUCCAUAUCAGAAAGAAGCCCUCCUCCAUUUCAAAUUUCUAUUACUCCAAAACAGUUCCUCCAAUUCUAACAUAGACCUUCAAGGGUUAGAGACGUGGAAUGCCGCAUCUGAUGAUUGCUGUCAGUGGCGACUGCUCGACUGUACUUUCCAAAAUGUUACGGAUCUUGACUUGUCUGAUCUCAUUCCCUCACAAGACUUGAAACCUGUAGUGACAUCUGAUAUUUUAGCUCCACUCUUUCACUUGCAAACCCUCAUUUCAUUCGACAUUUCUUAUAAUAAUAUACAUGGUGAAAUCCCGAGAGUUGGGUUUGCCAAUUUAAGUAACCUUGUAUCACUUGAUAUGCGAGGAAAUAGCUUCAACGGCUCCAUUCCUCCCUCUUUGUUUUCUUUAAGGCAUCUGGAGGAACUCGACAUGAGUGAUAAUUUGAUUGAAGGGACAUUAGGCACCAACUUCGAAAAUCUUUCCAACUUGAAGUGGCUCAACUUGAAUGGUAACUCAAUCCAUGGAGAGAUUCCAACACAGAUUGGAAAUCUCACUAAUUUGCAUCGUCUUUUACUAUCCGAUAACAAAAUUUCUGGAGCAAUUCCACCAUCACUUUCACAUUUGAAAAGUUUAGAGGAAUUGAAUUUGGGACAAAAUUUUCUCACCAUGGAGUUACCAACGGAGAUUGGCAACCUCUCCAACAUAAGAUGGCUGCAGUUAUGUAACAACAAUUUGUCUGGAGAGAUCCCUCCAUCAAUUCAAAAGAUGGAACAAUUACAAAUACUUGAUUUAGAAAAUAAUCUGUUCGCUGGUGAGAUCCCACCAUGGUUGUUCGAUUUCAACUACCUCUUCGACUUGAGUCUUGGGGAGAACAAACUUGUUUUGAAAAAUGCGAGAAUAGAGCCAAGGUGCAUGUUAAUGCGUCUAUCAUUGAGAUCUUGCAAUCUUUCAGGGCAAAUUCCCAUUUGGAUUUCCAACCAGACCGACCUUGUCUUCUUGGACUUGAGUAAUAAUAACCUUGAAGGAACUCUCCCUCAAUGGUUGGCUCAAAGAGAUCUUUCAGGUUUGCUUUUAUCAAAUAACAAGCUUUCAGGCUCUCUGCCACCUCACUUAUUUCAAUCUCAGUCUUUAAAUUUCCUCAUACUUUCAAAUAAUAAUUUGUUAGGAUUAUUACCAGACACUAUUGGUCAAGCCACUGAAAUGAUUAUACUCAGGCUGUCAGGGAACAAUUUCUCUGGACCAAUUCCUACAUCCAUCUCAAAUAUGCUUGAACUUGUGUUGUUGGAUUUGUCAAGCAAUAGAUUUUCAGGCAAUAAAUUUCCAGUGUUUAAUCCAAAAUCGUCAUUGCUUUAUAUUGAUCUUUCUUCCAACAAACUAUCUGGUCAGGUUCCUACGACUUUUCCUUUGGGCAUAAAAGUGCUCGUGUUAAGCGAAAAUGAGUUUUAUCAUGUCUUGCCUCAAAAUCUCUCAAAUUUGAACCAGUUGGAAUAUCUUGAUCUCCAUAGCAACAACAUUGGAGGUGAAAUCUCAAAUUUUCUCUCACAAAUGUCUUCUCUCCAAAUUUUGAAUCUUAGAAAUAAUUCUUUCCAAGGGUCAAUUCCAAUUCAUUUGUCAAGUCUUAGCACUCUUCAAAUACUUGAUCUCUCUUGCAAUAACCUUAGCAAAACAAUCCCACAUACUUUAGGAAAUCUUUCUAGGAUGAUCGAUCAUCAUGACGUCUCAUCAAGUAUUUUAUCAGAUAUUACAAGUCAAAUUAUUUUGUUUGUUAGGAUUGGGCUUACAAAAACUGUAUUUUGGCUACCAAAUCUAGAAAAUUUGUUAUUGCAUGAUUUGGAAGUCUUCUGGAAGAAGUUAAAGCGAGGUCUACCAAAUAAAAACCUUCAACUAUAUACUUUUUUAGACCUAUCUAACAAUCAAUUAUCAGGUGAAAUUCCUAACAGUUUAGGUGAGUUGAAAAAUUUGAAGUCACUAAACUUAUCACAAAACAAACUCUCUGGAAGAAUACCAUUGAGUUUUGGUGGUCUGCAAAGCUUAGAAAGCUUAGAUUUAUCACACAAUAAUUUUUUUGGUGAAAUUCCUUGCAUAUUGGCAAAUCUCUUUGAGCUGAGUUACUUAGACUUGAGUAACAAUAAACUAGAGGGUCGCAUACCAAGUGGUCCUCAGAUGGAUCGGAUGAACGACCCAAAUUCUUAUGCCAACAACAGUGGAUUGUGUGGAAUGCAAAUUAAAGUAUCAUGUGAGAAGGUGCCUUCUGAACCAAAGCUGAAAGAGGAAAAGACCAAGAAAAGCAAUAGUUGGGAGAUAUGGUUUUCAUGGGAAAUGGCAGUGAUUGGAUAUCCUUCUGGAUUUUUGUCAACAGUUUUAGUUAUGUAUGUCAUUGGCUACUUUAAUAUUACACCACAGCCUGGUAGAAGAAAAAGAAGAAGAGGCCCUGUUAGGCAUAGUCUUUUUGGUUUUUUACGCAUUUGA